AUGUCAGUCAGCCCAGCGCCCUCCCUCCAGCUCGCGGAGUAUCUCGAGAAACUCCCCGGCACGACCUUCCGCAAGCUCUACCAACAACCGUCAACCGCGUUCGCCAUCUUCCGUCGCAUGCUACCGCACCUUGCAAAGACCUUUGUCAUGCGCAUUCUCUACUCUCCAAAGCCCAUACUCCUCAGCGAUCUAGAUGACUGGGUGAAACCAAGCCACAAGCGCCAAAAGGACCAGGCGUUGUCGAUCCUGCGCGUUCUACACAUCGUUUCGAUCACGGCGCCUUCAAAGGAACGACCGCAGGAAAUGCAACUUACUACGAACUUCAAACUAUCCCUUCGACUCGCGCUAUCAGGCGGCGGCACACAUAACUCCUUCGGCGUACCGUCAACACUCCAAAUCCCGCCCGAAAUCGACAUCGCCUUCCUCGACCGCUACGCGCGGAAGAAAUGGGAGGACAUCCUGCACUUUGUCGUAUCUAGUGUUGGCUACAAGAGCGCCGGCGAAUCUUCUGGACCGAAUAAGAGCGUGAAAGAACUCCUCGUCGCGGGCCGUCUUGUUGAUCGUAAAGCAAGCGGUAGCGUUGGUAUCACACAAGCCGGUUUUACCUUUUUGCUGCAAGAGGCCAAUGCGCAAGUAUGGACGCUGCUGUUGCUUUGGCUGGAGGCUAUGGAGGUGAAUAAGAUGGCUGGGCUGGAGGCUACAGAUAUGCUCUCGUUCCUCUUCGUCCUUGCCAGCAUGGAGCUUGGUCGCGCGUACGACACGAAUGCGCUGACGGAACAGCGCAAGAACAUGUUGCCCUCGCUUGUCGACUUUGGGUUGAUAUACAUCCCUAACCACAAACGAUCCAUGUUCUUCCCGACUCGUCUGGCUACGACCCUCACUUCGAGCAGCAAUAGUCUUCGCAGCAUUAGUGAUGGCGUUGCAGCCGCGACGGCAGCUGCUCUUCAGCCAGGCCAAUCUAGUGCACCAGGGGGCAGCGUUACAGCCGCCAAUACCGAGCAGCGCGGCAGUGUGAUUAUCGAGACCAACUACCGUAUUUACGCCUACACCCAGUCAACACUUCAAAUCGCGGUCCUGGCUCUCUUCACCAAACUCGCAAUGCGCUUCCCCGACAUGGUCGCCGGCCGCAUCUCCCGCCAAUCCAUCCGACAAGCCAUUCAGUUUGGCAUCACCGCCGAACAGAUCAUAUCCUACCUCUCCGCGCACGCACACGAUCAAAUGCACCGCACCGCAGCCCUAAACAACAAACCCGUUCUCCCCCCCACAGUCGUCGAUCAAAUUCGUCUAUGGCAGCUCGAAAACGAGCGCAUGAAGACAACAAGCGGGUUCCUUUUCAAGUCAUUUGAGGACGAUAGGGAAUACAAGGAUAUUUCAAGAUUUGCCGAGGAGGUGGGUGUUUUGGUGUGGAAGAAUGAUGCAAGACAGAUGUUCUUUGCGAGCAAGCACGAGCAGAUUAGAGACUACAUGAAGAUUCGCAAGAAGACGGAAUGA